CGUCGGGGCCCGUCAAGCGGGCCGAGAAGCUCGGGCUGCACGCGGGCACGCCGCUGCCGGAGCGCGGCGCGUGCGCGCACUACAAGAAGAGCUACCGGUGGUUCCGCUUCUCGUGCUGCGCGCGGGUGCACCCGUGCGACCGGUGCCACGACGAGGCCGAGAACCACGUCAACGAGUGGGCGAGCCGGAUGGUGUGCGGGUGGUGCAGCCGCGAGCAGCGGUACUCGCCCGAGGCGUGCGGGUUCUGCGGCAGGAGCGUCAUCGGGCGCAAGGGGAGGGGGUUCUGGGAGGGCGGCAAGGGCACGCGGGACCGCAAGCUGAUGAGCCGCAAGGACCCGAGGAAGUUCAAGAGGGUCGGCGGCGGCGAGUCGUCGAAGAAGGAUUAAGCGAUGGACGGGGGGCAUACUAGUCUUGAUGCAAGGCCGCCCUUCGCAUCACGAGAUGCCCCCUCCGGUGUCAAAAGUGCCAAGGUAUAUAGGAGCUAGCAGAAGCACAGGAGGCAAUGAACCAUGGGUUGCGCUUUCGAACGCCCGGCACCUCUGUCGAAUGAUACCACCGUCCCGAACCACACAACCGGCGUUCGCAAACAUGACUGCCGCGCACCGCCACAGGAAACGCGGCCGAAGCCCCCCCCCCCUCCCAUCCCUCCACACACACACAAGCGCCGAUCGGGCCCGGGCGGCAGACGGCCGGGUGGGAUUCGUUGUGCGCGAUCGAAUUAUGCAUCGCCGGCCGGGUAACACAAUGUGAUACGCUCCUCCCCUCUUUCCCACCCACCCCCUUCUCACCCCAGGGGCGAUUGGGUGGUGAUGAUGUCCAUCUGUCACAAUGUGAGAUUUAAUGCACGAGUUAUGAUUGGGAGGGGGGGGCAGGGGGGCAGGGGAAGCAUAAGAUCACGGACGGGAGGCCGGAGGGUGUUGGAUAGGGAGGGAUUGGCUGGAGGGGAAGGGGAACCAGGAGGCGCUUCUUACCACCAUCACAAACGUCUGGGAGACGGAGGCGGUGUGACGGGGUAUGUUUGUUCGAUUCGAACAGAAGGUCCGUAGAAUGACGGAAAGUAUUUCUGCCAAAAUAAAUGAUAAUAUGAUUGGUUUUAUUUUCGAUAUUUUGAA